AGAUUCCUGGAUGAAAGUGCAGAUAAACGAAUCCAGUUGUAUUUCCUGAGAGGCGGAAGCGCUGUCUUACGGGUGGAGGACGUGACAGUGAAGGACGCCGGGCUCUAUUUCUGCAGCUUGACACGUUCCAAAGUUUUAAACGGGACUGGUACAAAGCUGGUAGUUUACGACCCCCCAACUCCUCUGAGCUUGACCAACAUGUUGCCGGAGAACACAUCGGUAACUCUGAUUCUCGUUUGUAAAACAGCAACGUUCUUUCCUCUUGAUCUGAAUAUUACUUGGUACAAAAAUGGGUCAGAUAUUAUACAGAAGAUUGAGCCAAACAAAACGCAGACAUCAGCAGGACUGUACGAAGCUUGGAGCUAUCUGACCGAGACAGACGAGGUGGAGAGCGGGACAGUUUAUACCUGCCAGGUGUCUCAUAUUUCUCUUCCGAAUCCAACCAAUAUCAGUUAUACUUUCUACAGUCGAGUUCCAUUACCCGAUAAUCCAUUUCAUAACUGGAUUUUUGGUUGCAUAGGAGCAGGAUUGAUACCUCUCAUAAUCAUUCUUUUCAUUGUGAAACGAAAAGGGACGUGCAGAAAAUCGAAAGAAGGUGCCGAUCAGAAAACGAAGGCAAGACGAAUGAAUGAAUGA